AUGGCUUCAGCUCCAACACGAGAAGAAUUGCUCGGCACAGCCAAAAAGGUCUCAUUCGAGAUCCAACAAAAUGAAGUCUCGGAGUAUGAAGAGCUCCUCGCGCGCACGAAGAAGACCCUCGAGACUGUUGCGGCAAUGGACGACUACCAACCAACACCAGACCUCACACUCCACCCCAGGAAAGACAUCCACCUCCCCAAUCCCGACUCCCCCUCAAACCCCUUAAACGCCUGGGCCUGGCGAUUCACUCUUACUUCCACCUCCCCAGCCAACACAUCUUUAAACGGGAAAACCCUCUGCCUAAAAGACAACAUCUGCGUCGCAGGCAUCCCCUGCCUCCUCGGCACAUCCACAAUAACAAACUGGACCCCCCAAACCGACGCCUCAAUCGUGCCCCGCAUCCUCAACGCCAGCGGGACCAUCACCGGAAAAGCCGUCUGCGAGAACCUCUCCCGCGGCGCCGUAAGUUCCACAGCGGCCACAGGCCCAGUGCAUAACCCGUACGCGCGCGGGUAUUCCGCCGGCGGGAGUAGUUCCGGCACGGCGGCGCUCGUUGCAUCAGGUGAUGUGGAUUUGGGGAUUGGCUGUGAUCAGGGCGGGAGUAUACGCAUUCCGGCGGCGUUGACGGGGGUGUAUGGGGUUAAGCCGACGGCGGGGUUAGUCCCGUAUACGGGGAUUGUGAGUCACGAGGCGAGUCUGGAUGUUGUGGGGCCUAUGGCGAGGGGGUGUAGGGAUGUUUCGGUGUUGCUUGGGGUUGUGGCGGGGUGGGAUGGGGUUGAUGAUCGGGCUGGGCCUGGGGUUCCGGGUUUUGGCGAUGUUCCGUGUUAUGAGAUGUUGAUGGAGGGGGGGAUUCAGGGGGUUAGGAUUGGGGUUUUGAAGGAGGGGUUGCCUGGUGGGAUUGAUGCUGGGGUUGAGGAGAAGUUUAGACGGGCUGUUGGUGUUUUUGAAGGACUGGGUGCGAGAGUCUGCGAGGUCAGCGUGCCGCUUCAUGCGCAGGCGAGGAGUGUUUAUUCCGUGCUGAGCAAGAUGGGGAAUCAUAUGGGGAUGUUGGGGCAGGCGACUGGUCGACGACAAGUCAUGCUAACUGAUUUAUAUGAGAAGAAGGGUCUUCCUUACAAGCCUGAAGCUGUCAGCAAAAUGAGCGUGAUGAGCAAAGAGGGUCUUCUUAGCGGCGAAUUCGCCUGGCAGCACUACCCAGCAGUCUACCCAAAAGCCGUAAACAUCAUGCGGAAACUAAAAGAUCUAUACGAUGAAGUUCUCUCCUCCGUGGAUGUGAUCGUGAUGCCGACGACCCUUUGCCCUGCAAGGCCUCUCCCGGCAGCAAAUGCAAGUCCACUGGCUCAAAUCGACGCCGCGAAAGGGAUGACGGAGAAUACAUGUUCAUUCAAUGCUACGGGCCAUCCUGCACUGGCGAUGCCAAUUGGGUUUGUACCGGCGGAGGAUGCGAGUAUACAGUUACCGGCUAGUAUGCAGAUUGUGGGUAGAUGGUAUGAUGAGGCGAUGAUUUUACGAUGUGCGUAUGCAUGGGAGCAGGCGGUUGACUGGAAGGGUUUUUAG